AACCAAAUCAAAUCUUCUGAUUUCUGGGGGAAAGGGAGGAAUACCUAAUUCCCCAGAAAAAAAAGAAGUAAAGAACUUUAAAUCUCCCCAAAUUAAUUCACUUUAAGUUUGGAAAACACUAAAUCAUGACUCAUUUAUCCAAGAAGUUAUUGCGUUUGAAGCUCAAAAGAUCAAUUGUCUGGCGUGUUUCUAUUCUCCGGCGUUGUGUUGGAUCUCUUCGGGACCAAGUUCUUGCUUGUUGGAUCGAUAAACCCAUUCGCUACCGUCAAAUAGUGGAAUCCGGCCCCUCCGCCACCAUCUGCCACCGCUUUCCUUCCGGUGAAAUCGAUUCAUCUUGCAGUGAAAUGACUACCGUCUCCGACGUCUGUGAUCAUGACAAUGACGCUUCUGAUUUAGUUGCUUUAAAGAUUAGCCUGUUGGGAGAUAAUCAUAUCGGCAAAACAAGCUUCUUGGCAAAGUACGUAGGGAAAGAGAAAAAACCAGAAGAUUUUCCGGCGACGGAAGUUAAGAAGAUGGAUAAAAUUCUAUCCGUUAGAGGAGCAAGAAUUUCUUACAGUAUCUGGGAAGUUGGUGGCGAUGCAUUUUCUGCAGAUGGUUCCACGGCGGCUAUUCGUGCCGCCUGUAAAGACUCGGUAGCUAUGUUGUUUAUGUUUGAUCUUACCAGCCGAUGUACAUUGAACAGUGUAGUUAACUGGUAUCAAGAAGCAAGAAAACAUAAUCAGACGGCGAUUCCGGUGAUGGUCGGUAGCAAGUUUGAUGAUUUUAUUCAAUUUCCAAUUGAAAUGCAAUGGACGAUAUCAAGCGAGGCGAGAGCAUAUGCAAAGGCCAUAAACGCUACCUUGUUUUUCUCAAGUGCAUCUUACAACAUAAAUGUGAAUAAAAUCUUCAAAUACGUGACAGCAAAACUUUUCAACUUGUCAUGGAAUUUGGAACGUAAUCUUAAAGUUGGGGAACCAAUUAUUGAUUUUUAAGAGUGUGUUUUUUGUUAAGUUGAUAGGAGAUCAUGAUCCCUUAUAAGGUGAAACUUUUAGGUUUUGGUUAUGUUCUAUCAAUUUUCAAUUUUCAUGUACUAAAGAGUGUGGUGGAGGCUUUGAGUCACCCUACACCAUGGUUUAAAUGCAUC